AUGGCAUCUUCUUUCUCAUCUUCCUUGAAAGACUCGGCCCUUUUCGUUGAGAAAUCCUACAUCAACGGCCAAUGGGUUACGUCCAAAUCGAACAAAACCUUCAACGUGACGAACCCGGCCUUGGACGCAGUCAUUGGAUCUUGCCCUGAAUCAACAAAUGACGACUUGAGCGACGCCAUCCAAGCUGCAUCAAAUGCCCUCCCUACAUGGAAAGCCCUUUCCGGCCGGCAGCGCGGACGAAUUCUGCGCAAGGUUUUCGAUCUUUUGGUGGAAAACAAGGUGGACAUUGGCCGUAUAAUCACAGCAGAGAAUGGAAAGGCCAGGCCAGACGCUGAGGGAGAGGUUUUGUUUGCAGCUAGUUUCUUUGAAUGGUUUUCUGAAGAGGCUGCCCGGCUCUAUGGUGAUGUGAUCCCCCACAGCAAUGCAACCAGCCGGACCCAUGUGAUCAAGGAACCAGUUGGGGUAUGUGGGUUGAUCACCCCGUGGAACUUCCCUAUUGCAAUGGGAGCGCGGAAAGUGGCUGCGGCCCUUGCUGCAGGAUGCACUGUGAUUCUCAAGUCAGAUGGAGUUACCCCCUUCUCUUCCAAUGCUUUGGCUGUGCUGUGUGAGCGUGCAGGUUUGCCCAGAGGAGCCUUGAAUGUGGUGACUGCUUUGGAAAACACUCCCCAGAUCGGUCUUGGAUUGUGUGAGUCAGAUAUCGUCAAGAAAAUUUCAUUCACUGGGUCAACAAGAGUCGGCAAGCUUCUGAUGCAGCAGUCCAGUGGUACAUUGAAAAAGCUAAGCCUGGAGCUAGGAGGUAACGCUCCAUUCAUCGUUUUUGAUGACGCUGAUCUUGAGGUGGCGGUUGCUAGCGCACUUGGUAGCAAGUUCAAAGUGACUGGGCAGACUUGCGUGUGUGCCAACCGGCUGUAUGUGCAGGAAGGGAUCUACAAUGAAUUCUGUCAGAGACUUUUGGAAGAAGUGAAGAAGUUCCAUGUGGGUGAUGGGCUUCAGGAUGGCUCUGUGACCCACGGGCCCAUGACCAUCGGUGUUUCCAAGGUGGAGGAACAUAUCAAGGACGCUGUUAACAAAAAAGCAAAAGUGCUUCUUGGAGGCAACCGACUGCCAUCCCUGGGAAAAAACUUCCAUGAGCUAACCAUCCUGGGCGACGUCAACGACACAAUGCAGGUGGCUAGUGAAGAGACCUUUGGCCCUCUUGCAGCGCUAUUCAAGUUUUCGACUGAGGAUGAGGUGAUCAAUCGGGCUAACAACUGCGAUGUCGGACUGGCGUCAUAUGUUAUGACCAGUGACUUGGCUAGAUCCCACCGGGUCACAGAGAGACUAGAGUUUGGCAUGGUUGCCCUCAAUACCGGAGUCAUAUCCGACUCAUCCGCACCUUUUGGCGGAGUGAAGCAUUCUGGCAUGGGCCGUGAGGGUAGCAAGUAUGGUGUGGAGGACUACAUGACAGUCAAGACGGUCAUCACCGGAGGCAUCAAUACUGUCUAUACAUACCUGUAA